AUGGAUGGAGCCAAAUUUGAAAAUACUGUAGCUUUUUUACCAUCUGAAAUAUUUGAUUGCUACAAUUCCACGCUACCCAAGAAUGUAUUCCGAAGUUUUGUUACCUGGUCCUGCUAUGAGAAAUUCAAUUCCUUAGAAUUCCGCACUUGGCUAUUAAUGUGGUUACCACUCAUUAUUGCGUGGAAAAUACGUGGUAAAAGACACUAUCUCGUUAUCGUUACUGCUCUUAUGUUUGAAGUGCUGUAUUUCUUAUGGACAUAUUCGUACAUAUUCCGAGAACGCACCUUAGGAAAGCAAGUUUCUCAAUUUGCUAAAGAGAUCAUUACAAAUACUCCGGGUAUAGACACUGAAGACUGGGAACGUGUUGCAGUAAAUUUCAAUUCUUAUUUAUAUGAAAAUAAACUUUGGAAUACUGAGUACUUUUUUUUUGAUGGUUCCAGCUGCCAAGAAGCGUUCAGAAAGAUGCUUCUUGAGCCAUUUUCCUUGAAAAAAAAUGACUUUGCUAAUGCCAAGGUACCUGACGGAUCUGUUUGUUACACUGAAAAAGCUUUGCAGGUUUAUUUUACACAGAUAGAGAGAAAAUGGCACUGGAUUAAUUCUGAAGGAUUUUUACACAAUAAAACCACACAGAGUGUUCAAUUUUCGAAACAUGGUUACGGUUCCAAACUUCUCUGGGCUUUCAAGGAAGUGACAAUAAUGAAUUCACGCUUUGCGUUCUUCAGUAUUGCUUACUUAAACGGUCUCCUUACUAUACCAAGACUAAGAAAUUCACUGCAUAUCCUCUAUGUAUGUGCAGUUCUUUCAUCUAUGAUAAUUGAAUAUUUAAUAGGGAUCGACAAAUUCAGGUUCAAAUCAAUGAAUCUGAUACAUAAACUACAGUUCUUGUCAUAUAUUACAUGUGGACACGAGAAGUCUGAUGCAACUAAUUGGUCUCAAAUUGCGAAGAGGACGAAUACUUACAUGUUUGAGCAGAAAAUUUGGAAUUCGCCAAUACUGUUCUCAGAUGGUAUUGAUUGUGAAAAGUUUUUUAAAUGGUAUUUCAGUACCCCUGUAUCUUCGCAAGCGUCUUUGUCAGUUGGUUCCACUGAUUUUGAACUCUGGCCAUAUAUAAAAGAAGCACAAUCAGCUUGCAAUGAUGUGUAA